AUGCCUUCCACGUUCAGCUACGAAUUCAAGACCCCUACCUACUCCGGCAAAACUUCGUUUAACACGGGGAUCUACAUCAACGGCGAGUUCAGAGACGGUUCUGAUAGUACUACCAUCGACGUCUUCAACCCCGCAACCGGCCAGGUCAUCGCGAAGAUAUCCGAGGGCACGCCCAAGGACAUUGAUCUCGCGGUAGAGGCAGCUCAGAAGGCGUUCGAGAGCUCUUGGGGGCUGAAAUGCCCCGGCGCUCAACGCUCCAUCCUCAUGAACAAGCUCGCCAACCUCAUGGAGAAACACCUCGACGAGCUGGCUGCGAUUGAGGCGCUUGACGGUGGCAAGACGUUCUUUUGGUCGAAAAAUGUGGAUAUCGUCGCGGCGAUAGACUGCAUUCGCUACUACGCUGGAUGGGCAGACAAGGUUACCGGGCAGGUCCUUGAGACAACCGAGGCGAAGCUCACCUACACUCGCCACGAGCCUAUUGGUGUCGUUGGUCAUAUCAUCGCAUGGAACUUCCCAUUGCUGCUUAUGUGCUGGAAACUCGGACCUGCCCUUGCAACGGGUAACACGGUCAUCCUCAAGCCGUCCGAAAUGACGCCUCUGACGGCACUCCGAAUGUGCGAGCUUAUCGCGGAGGCCGGCUUCCCUCCUGGUGUCGUCAACGUCGUCCCCGGUUACGGCAACACCGUGGGCGAUGCCAUCACGCAUCAUCACGGUAUCGAGAAGGUCUCGUUCACCGGGUCGACGCUCGUGGGUCGUAAGAUCAUGGAGGCGGCUGCUAAGAGCAACCUUAAGAACAUCACUCUCGAGCUUGGAGGCAAGAGCCCGAACAUCAUCUUCGACGAUGCAGACCUUGAAAAAGCUGCCAACUGGGCCGCUUUUGGUGUCUUCUGGAACCAAGGUCAGGUGUGCUCUGCGGCAACUCGGCUCUACGUCCAGGCGGGCAUAUACGACAAAUUCCUUGAAAAGUUCACGGAGAAGCUCAAGGCUAUCAACGUCGGUGACCCGUUUGGUGAGACGUCAUGGCACGGGCCACAAGUCUCGCAAACCCAGUACGACCGUAUCAUGAACUACAUCCAAGCCGGCAAGGACGAGGGCGCGAAAGUGCACAUCGGCGGCGAGCGCAUUGGCACCGAGGGUUACUUCAUGCAGCCUACGCUUUUUACCGACACUAAGCCCGAUAUGAAGAUUGUCAAGGAAGAAAUCUUCGGUCCCGUCGGUGUGCUCAUCAAGUUCGAGGACGAGGAAGAUGCGAUCCGACAGGCCAACGACUCAACGUACGGCCUUGCCGCCGCGGUCUUCACAGAGAACAUCAAUCGCGCAAUUGAGACCGUGCACAAGCUCAAGGCGGGUACAACGUGGGUUAACUGCACGAACUCGCUGCACAACAAUGUGCCGUUUGGUGGUUUCAAGCAGAGUGGGAUUGGGCGUGAGCUAGGCGAAUACGCACUUCAUCACUACACCAACGUGAAAGCCGUUCACGUCAACCUCGGCAUUCCCAUGAACAUCUGA